CGUCUCAGAACAGAUCAGUUCACGAUGUCUGAGAGAAGGGUUUCUCCAGACGACGACGACUGCUCGUCUCUUCUCUCGCGCCUCGGUUCAGACUCUCCUCGUCCUCGGAUGAAGUACGGAGGAAUGUUCUGUAGCGUCGAAGGAGCUUUCGAGAACAAAACCCUGAACUUCGACACUUUCAGUCCACAGACGCAGCGACGCCGGGCCACUCGAACCCAAACUGGAAGCUGCGACGGAGGAGACGGAGGACAAGGACAGAUGGUGGUGUUUUCUUCUGGACACGCCCGAGAAAACUACGGCAAGAGACAGGGCGACCGUCUGAUCAUCAAAGGAGGAAAGAUCGUCAAUGACGAUCAGUCAUUCUACGCCGAUGUCUACAUUGAGGACGGGACCAUAAAACAGAUCGGUGAGAACCUGAUUGUCCCGUCUGAUGUGAGGACGGUGGACGCGUACGGUCAGCUGGUGAUACCCGGAGGCAUCGACGCCAACACCAACCUGCACUCUCCUCAGAAAGGCCUGAACCCGGCAGAUGAUCUCUACCAGGGCACCAGAGCCGCGCUGUCUGGGGGAACCACCACCAUCAUGGACCACGUGCUGGUGGAGCCCGGGACUAGUUUACUUUCAGUGUUUGACCAGUGGAGGGAGACUGCAGAGCAGAAGGCGUGUUGUGACUUCUCUCUUCACCUGGACGUCGCUCGCUGGCAUGAAGGACUGUACGAGGAGCUGGAGACGCUCGUCAAAGACAAAGGUGUUAACUCCUUCCUCUUCUUCAUGGCCUACAAAGAUAGAUGUCAGAGCUCCGAUUCUCAGCUCUACGAGGCAUUCGGGGUCCUCCGGCAUCUUGGAGCCAUUGCCCAGGUCCACGCUGAAAAUGGUGACAUCAUCAAUGAGGAACAGAAGAAGCUUCUCUGUUUUGGCAUCACGGGACCUGAAGGACAUGUUUUAUCUCACCCUGAGGAGGUGGAGACGGAGGCGGUGUAUCGGGCCAUCACCAUCGCCAAACAGGCCAACUGUCCGCUUUACGUUACCAAAGUGAUGAGCAAAUCUGCUGCUGAUGUCAUCGCAAAUUCCAGGAAGAAAGGUAUAGUGGUUUACGGGGAACCAAUCACAGCCAGCUUGGCCACUGACGGCUCUCACUAUUGGUCCAAAGACUGGGCCACAGCUGCUGCCUUCGUCAUGAGCCCACCUCUGAACCCUGACCCUUCAACUCCACAGUACCUGACCUCUCUGUUAGCAUGUGGAGACCUCCAGGUCACAUCCAGUGCUCACGGCAGCUUCUCCACAGCUCAGAAAGCCAUUGGUAAAGACGAUUUCACUUUGAUCCCAGAGGGAACCAACGGAAUUGAAGAGAGGAUGUCGGUGGUCUGGGACAGAGCUGUGUCUACAGGGAAGAUGGAUGAAAAUGAGUUUGUCGCAGUUACGAGCACCAACGCUGCUAAACUCUUCAAUAUUUACCCCAAAAAAGGACGAAUUGCGGAAGGUUGUGAUGCUGAUGUUGUUGUCUGGAACCCGAAGGAGACGAAAACUGUUUCUGCACAGACUCACAACCUGACGGUGGAGGUGAACAUCCUAGAGGGUUUGGAGUUGCGAGGCGUAGCGUCAGUGGUGAUCAGUGGAGGUCGAGUUGUUGUGGAGGAUGGCAAACUCAAUGUGACCGAAGGCUCUGGGCGCUUCGUCCCCAGGAAGGCUUUCCCUGAUGCCGUUUACAGAAGGAUUAGAGCCCGCAGCAAGAUGGCAGAGGCUCGUGGUGUCCCUCGUGGAAACUAUGAUGGUCCGGUCCAUGAUGUCAUCAGCAUGACUAAAUCAGUCCCGCCCACUCCGACCAGCAGAGGGCCCCCCGGUCCGAAAACCCAGUCCGGCCCCCGAAACCUCCACCAGUCAGGAUUCACCUUGUCAGGAGCUCAGAUUGAUGACCACAUACCUCGUCGCUCUACUCAGAGGAUUGUGGCGCCUCCGGGUGGACGAUCCAACAUCACAUCUUUAUCUUAAAACAGGAACAAUUACACUGACACUUUGAGUACAAGGCCUUCAUACCAUAUAUCCUUCAACAACCACACAAAUUGUAAAAAGCAAGUACUACUACACCCGACAUUACAAAGUACUCAAAGUGUCUCUUUUAAUGCAACACAACUAGACUCUACUACAACUUUACAAAUCUUAAAAAUCUACAACUAGUACAAGGCCUUGUAACAGUAUUACUUCAACUACUAUGGAACCCUACCACAACCUUCCAAAUUGUGUAGUAUUUUAUUCUCAAACGUAAGUAUUUGAACUACUACUAAACCCAAUAAUAGGUCCAAAGAUAAUGUUAAACCCUACAUCCUUUCAAAACCUUCAACAAAACAACUACCCCUAAAACCUACAACUUAAGUACUUUAAUAAGUACUAUACCAUGCAACAACCCACAACUUGAAAAAACAAAUACUAUACUUCAACUGAAGUAGUACUGAAUGUUACAACAAUGAUACUACAACCCAACAACUAGUACUAAACUCCCCAGCAAUAAUACUAUAACUUUACAAAUACAACAUAACCCUACAAAUACACAACAAAAAGUAAUAAAACUUGCAACUUGUACCAAACCUUUCAACGUUUUUCUUCAGCUAGGACUGAAAGUUACAACAAUGAUACUUCAACCCCACUUCAAUGUCUAAUGUGAUACGAACACAGCUGGACUUUGUUGAGGUUCAUGUCAAAGCUCUUUACCUAACCCAAACCGAUUGGUCUGGGGUCCCAGGUAUUUAACCUCCUAACCCUAACCCACCCGGCCAUCAUGUGAGUCAUUUAGGUUACAUGAUUCAUGGGGUGAAUACGGUUUAGUGAUGGUCUUUCCAGUUUGACGUCGGUAGCACUACACUGCUCUGCUCAUGUCUGGUUAAUUUGGCAACACGGUGGAGGAGCUACAUCCUCAGAGUUACUGGGUUUAAAGUUGACAUGGAUGUGGUGUUUAUUCAGAUCUGACUCAGGGGAAUUUGUGGCAAUAAGCAGAAGCCUCAAAAGCUGUUAUGAAUUAUACCCAGCAGCAGAUGGUGACCAUAUAUCUUCAUAAAAAUAGCCAUAACUUUACAACUGCUACUACAUCCCACAUCUUAUAUACUCAACUAAAUUAGUACAGAAUGUUACAAUGAUAAUGCAGCCCUUAAGCAAGUUCUACACUCUACAACAAGUCAUUAAUGAUACAACUGUACUUCAAAUAGGACUUGCUGUUUUUGUUAUUGCUCUUUAAAUUAGUCAUUCAAGUUCUCUAACCCUACUCCACAACAAUUCUUGUCAUCCUGUCUCCAUUGUGUUAUUUGUCUCCUCUCUGUCUGAUAAAGGCAGACGUAGUAGAAGUAGAAGUAGUAGUAGUAGUAGUAGUAGUAGAAGUGUUAGUAGCAACAGGAGUAGCAGUGGUAGUUGUAGCAGUGGUAGUUGUAGCAGUAGUAAAAUUCAAUACAAUUCAGUUUUAUUUGUAUCGCGCCAAAUCACAACAUACAUCGUCUCAAGGCACUUUAUAUAGUGAGGUUGUGACCUCACAGUAUUACAGAGAAACACAGCAGUUCCCACAACGAGCAGCUCUGAGACUGUGGAGAGAAAAAGUCUUAACAGGAAGAAAUCUGUAAGAUAACCAGAACAUCUGCUGAGACCGGAUGGUGAGAGGAGAAGAACAGUAUGAAAGGAAAACUACUGAACAUAUUUCCUGUUUACUUUAGUGCAGACAUGUUCAUACAACUUCAUCAUUAGAAAAAUCAUCGGAACUGUUUAACAUUGUGGAUUUAAAACUUCUCAAACUGGGUUUUCUCUGUUUGAGCUGUAACCUGCUGUGGUUGGUUGUUUCCAGAUGUGUUUUUAUAGACAGCGGAAUAAUACUUCUUCCAUAAACUAAAUCUGCUCAUUGUAUAUUAAAUUCAUAGCCAUGACUCCAAGGUCAGUAUUAAUAAUUGGUCUGUAAUUUUUCAUGACUCUAUAUUGUUUAAGCUCUUUUAAAGUAGAAAAAUUCCUGGUCUGUAUUAGUCUAUAUUCUGAAGCACUUUAAAUUCAACUUUGUUUCAUUAUGAGACCAUUAGAAUAAUCUGUCUGUGGCGGUGAUCUUCAGUCCUGUCUGUGUUUCUGAUGGUUGGAUUUAGACUGACUGAGCUGGACUGAAGGUUUAGUCAGAUUAUACUGUUAGACUUUGCAAACAUCAACAUCAUCGGACUUUAAAUGGUGCUAAUGAAUCUAGUGAUACUCGCUACUGUGAAUAGGCGUUUCCCUUCAAAACCACGCCCCCUUCAGGAUGUAACUUGACCUACCCCCCAUCCACACACACACACACACACCUCUGAAGGGAUUUUUAAAUUUUUUUUGGAUUUGUUGAACACGGUUAUACCACGGUCAUUUUGUAAUUUCCUACAGUUUUUGUAUCCUGCAGUGUUAACGUCAGUGAUCAUUGUUCUCACAUACAGAUCAGAUGUUGUACAGUCCACAGCUGCCAUGUUGCCAAGUUGUUGCUAUGGUAACGUUUUUAUGACCAGGUAGAAAAACUGUACAGUUCAACAUUAAUGUGAAGCGUUUCCUGCUCUUUCUCUCUGAGAGGGUGGGACUGAUGUUCAGUCACAUGAACUCAUGUUGUUCUGACUGAUUCCUUCCGAACAGUGAGUAUGAAGCUGUAGCUGUUGACCUCAGCACAAAGACUGGAAACAGCUGGAUUACAGAUGUGGCUUCAACAUGGUGCUGGUCUUCCUGAAAAGAUUCUUUAGCAGUCUGGUGUUUUUCUUUUCUUACAGAUGCACUGAAGCCAACGUGGGCGAUACAAACUCUUUGCAUACAUAGUGAUCACGUGCAGGAGUGUGUGUACAUAAAGAGGGGUUACCAUGGUGACUGAUCUAUAUCUGUUGUUCCUGUAGUGAAUGUAGAAUGACUUCCAGUUGUAAUGAGAACUGCAUGAAUAAACUGUGAAGGAAAAAUCA